AACGCUGCCGCCGCCAUUUUGUGAGCGCUCGCGUUCACGAGGUUCCCGCUCUGGCUGAGGGAGCGGGCGGUGUUCGGUUGGUGGGAAAUGGCGCUUGAAGAAGAAAGCUGCGGUUGAGAGAAAUGUUUUCUCUUGCAUAGUGGUGAGUACAUGUGCUCCUCAAAUGUUGUUCACCAGAAGUCUCCUAGACAUGUGCUAUAUGCAGGAGUGCAGAAUUUGAGUGCUCUUCGGCCACGUGGGACAUGAGGUGCUAGUUGAGGUGAAACUGGAAGGGCUUGAGCCAGGAUUCACCCUGUCCCAGACCUAAUUUAAGGGUUGGCAGUGGAGGCGAUGACAUCUUGCUAAAGGUCCCUGGGUACCUGAAGCCUUCCAAGGGUACCUACAGCUUGAUGCAAACUUGAAACUCCUCAUUUCUUACAGCCGUUUUGGAAUAUGUGGCGGGGAUUCUGAAAGCUGGUUCUGGAGCAGGUACAACAGCAGUAAUCAAAACCUGGCCAGAUCCCAUCAUAACUCUUCAGUCCUGGCCCUGAUUAAGGAUAAUUACAUUUUCAAUGGGAAGACUGCUCUGAAAAAUCCUGAGAAUGUGUCUUGCUACUGCUCAUGCUUUUUUCUUACGUGUAAGAACAGCCUACGCUUCUGGAGGCCAUUCUGAGUGAACUGUGUUGAUCUCACCAAGUUGCUUCUGUGGUGACUAUUCCUAUCUGAAGAUGAAUGGAUGCAUGUAUUUUUUCAGCUUGUUUUAGCUGUAUCAACCUUUGUGUCCAGUAGCUGUGACAAAGGAAUUAAACCUCAGCAAGAUGAAAUAGUGCCUCAUGUGAGCGUUGAGCAGAAAGACAAGAAACAUGAAAUGAGUUCAGAAUAACAUUGAACGCCUCAAAAGAAUAUAAGCCUGGAAAGUAAACCUCUGUUGUCUUUCCUAAUAUGAAGAAAACGAGCUAGCUUAAAAUUACUCUUGCCACUGUAGGACAAACAGGAGACCAUGGAGAUGAGAUCAGUAUCCUAAGCUGGAGGGACUGCGCUGGUGGUUCAGCACUUCUGCAUGAGCACAAUUAAUUACAUAGGUUUUCAACAGUCACAAAGGAGGAAAAAUAUUGGUGAGAGGAAUACUUAAAAACAAAAGGUCGACUGAAAAGAAGGUGGAUGUGUGAGAAGCCCAUGACAACUUCUCCCCUAGCCCUGGAAGGAGAGAGGAAAUGAACUGUCUGGUGACAACAGAGACUGAAAAUUUAAAGUUGCUUUAUGGAGUUAAUGGGAAGGAACUGAUCUGGGAACUGUACUGAUAUGGGAGUUAUAUAUUGCAAGGGAAUUGCUUUAUUAGGUUUAAUAUUGGAGUUCUACCUUUUUAAACCCUAUUAAGUGCUCAAUUUUGACUGGAAUCACUGCAGAUUUAAGGAAUAUGGUCAGGAAGUAAUGGUUAUGAGAACAAAAACAAGGUGAAAAUGAACAGAACGUAUUUUGUCCUUAAGCCAAAUGUGAUGCCAGAAUCAUUUUAUUGCCGAAGAGGAAGAGUAACUUUUUUCUUUGAUAGCACUGACUGACACACUAAUUGAGAAUAUGUGCGUUUAUGUGACAGGUGUUUUACCUGUGAUUGAUGAUAUCUUCAUUUUGUUUCUGUUCUGUACGAUAUCUAGUGGCAAAGAAGUUUUGAUCCCUUUUAUCUAUAAAAUUAUUUAUAUUUAAAGGGUAUAUUCCAACUGUUAAGCCCUGUUGAACAGUUCUCAGAUAAAGACCUUUGCUUACUUAGCAGUGAAACUGUAAAAAGAAGAUAAUGCUGUGCAUUAAGCUGAGAUUUCUGACCUCUGCAUAUUACAUCUUCAUGUUAUACCUGGUAUUAUUUCUAUAACAUCUGGAGUUGAUCUGUAGCAAAAUACUUUCUGUAGAUCAUCUUAUGUAAUGUUGCCAUGCAGGUAUCAGAACAUCAAACAUCUGUGUUGGCCAGAGAUACUCUGUGAAAGUGAUAUCUUAUGGGGUCAUGUAGGCACCUACUGAAGAUAGUAGCAGCAAAUUAAGGCAGUCUCAUACACUAAGUAAUGUAGCUGAAGGCAAUUAACAAAGACAAUCAUAGGGGAAGAAAAUGUAUUUCAGUAAUGUGGAAAGAGAGGAAGUGUGAAAAUCAGAGCUGCUCAGACUUCCUACAUGAGUAUUAGAAUCUUGUCAGGAAAAAAAAGUAAGGAUAGAGAAAACAGGUGGGGGCUUUAAUGACGUGCACCGAAUUGACUAUUCUGACACUGGUGUUUGACUAAUUGUAAAAUAGCACUGACAAUUUCAAGUGAAUGCUUAUGGACAAUUUUAAUAAAUGUUAUAAAACAAAGGUGGAAUAAUUAUCUCCGUUGCUUUGUCUUUGUAUGAGAAUUGCUAAGUCACAGCCUGAACCAAUGAUUGAGCACCCGGUGAAGGGACACAGCCAGCCCUGGGGGCACAGGUGAAAGAUUUCACUUGUGUGACCAAAAGGGGUGGAAUCUGGUCCCACUCCUCCUGGAGACUCAUUUAAGGGCUGGCUGCCACAAGGAAGGUGUGUCUACCUGGGGAUUCCUCUUCUUGGAGUGUUUGGUGAGCCCUGAUCUUUAGAAUGGAAUUCCUCUGAAAUUACUGAGAAUUCUGACAAACCAGAACUGUUGGGAGAAAUUCUGGCACUGUUUGCUAGUGGCAGCCACGCUGAAGCAUAGAAUGCAAGAAGUGAAACUUCUGUUCAAUGAAAAGAUAUAUCAAAAUUAUGGCUGAAGAGUUUAACAAAAGUAUGGCUUGCUUUGUUUUGCACUGUAUCAAAGGAAUCAGUGGUGAGAAUUAUUGCUCUUUGGAAUAAACUUUCUUGGGAAGAAGUGAAUUUUCCAUAUCUUGAUGUUCUCAGUUGAAGACAGAAUGCCUUCCUGGAGAAUGGACUCCAGCUGACCACAAAUUCUAUGUCCCACUGCAGAGAGAACUGUCUGAAGAAAGUUGUGGCCUUGAAUGAUCACCGGUGUCUAUGUUCAAUUGAGUGUGACUAGAUGAAGCAGGAAUUCAAACCGAGUCUCCUCAGCAAACUGGCUGCUGAUUGAGAUGUAGCACAAUGAGAACAAAAUGGUUCCUGGAGGACAAAUUUCUAUUGAAAAGGCAGCAAACAGAAAUAUGAGUUCUAUGGCCUUUGAAAGCAGAAAUCCUUCUGAUUUGUCCAGGAGCAGGAUGGAAACUUUUUUGUAGAUGUCCCUGGAUUUAUCUCCAUGUUCCAGAGCCACUAUUCUUCUCCCAGAAACUCCCUCUGCAUUUUUCAAAGGUCUCCUGAAACUUCUCAUCUUUUCCAGACACAGAAUGGCAUACGUGAUUCAUCAAAGAGGCAAAGUGAACAUAUGCUGAAGGCGGCGGCCCUGGUGUGCGUGUGCGCGGCAGCCUGGUGCAGCCCGGCGCUGGCGGCGGCGGCGGCCGGGGGCAGAGCGGACAACGGCAAUUUUCUGGACGAUAAACAAUGGCUCACCACCAUCUCCCAGUACGACAAGGAGGUCGGGCAAUGGAACAAAUUCCGAGACGAUGAUUAUUUUCGCACAUGGAGUCCGGGUAAACCAUUUGAUCAAGCUUUAGAUCCGGCUAAAGACCCAUGUUUAAAGAUGAAGUGUAGUCGUCAUAAGGUCUGUGUUGCGCAGGAUCAACAAACUGCUGUUUGCGUUAGUCACCGAAGGCUUACACACAGUAUGAAAGAGGCUGGUUUAGGCCAUAAACAGUGGAGGGGUGGUCCCAUUUCAUCAAACUGCAAGCAGUGUCCAGUAGUUUAUACCAAUCCUGUUUGUGGAUCAGAUGGUCACACAUAUUCAUCUCAGUGCAAAUUAGAAUAUCAAGCUUGUGUCUCAGGAAAACAAAUCUCAGUGAAAUGUGAAGGACGUUGCCCUUGCCCUUCUGACAAAUCCACAAACGCAGGCAGAAGUGAUAGGAGAGUUUGCAGUGACCUGGAAUUUAGGGAGAUUGCAAACAGAUUGAGAGACUGGUUUAAGGCACUUCAUGAGAGCGGAAUUCAGAAUAAGAAGACUAGGAUUGUUCAAAGGCCUGAAAGAACCAGAUUUGAUACCAGCAUUUUGCCAAUUUGCAAAGACUCCCUUGGCUGGAUGUUCAACAGGCUUGAUACGAACUACGACCUGUUGUUGGACCAGUCAGAACUUGGAAGCAUUUACCUUGACAAGAAUGAGCCAUGCACAAGGGCGUUCUUCAAUUCUUGUGACACAUACAAGGAUAGUUUGAUAUCUAACAAUGAGUGGUGCUACUGCUUUCAAAGACAGCAAGACCCACCUUGCCAGACAGAACUCAGCAACAUUCAGAAGCAGCAAGGAGGAAAGAAGCUCCUAGGGCAGUAUAUACCCUUAUGUGAUGAAGAUGGAUAUUACAAACCAAGUCAGUGCCAUGGAAGUGUAGGGCAGUGUUGGUGUGUUGACAGAUAUGGCAAUGAAGUAACAGGAUCCAGGACAAAUGGUGUGGCAGAAUGUGCUAUUGAUUUAGAGACGUCAGGUGAUUUUGCUUCUGGUGAUUUCCAUGACUGGACAGAUGAUGAAGAUGAUGAUGAUGAAAUAAUGAAUGAUGAAGAUGAAAUUGAUGAUGAUGAUGAAGAUGAAGGAGAUGAUGAUGUAGAUGGUGACGAUGAUCAUGACGGAUACAUUUGAUGAUGUUAGGAGGGUCAAUGAAUUGUACCUUUCUAAAAUUCACAAUAUGACAUUUCAUAAAAUCCCUUUGCUCUUCAAGAUCAAAAGGAUUCUAACAAAUGUGUAUAUUUUGUAUGAUUAUUUCAAACAUUGCAGCUGGAGUCAUAGACUUUUUUGUUUAAAUAAGAAUAAUUAUAUUAUGUGCUUUUGAGUUUUUAAAUGCCUUUGCGCUGAAGAAAACACAUUGAAAGUGUAGCCUGAAGAAGAAAAUGUUAUGUGCUACUGAACAUAUAAAUGAUAUAAAUGUAGAAAAUACAGUAUAAAACCAGUCUUUUCAAAACUUCUGUGAAAAGUUAUUUGCCCUUACCUGGAACUGUGCAUGUCCUCUUCAGGACACUUACUGCAACUUUAGUUCUAUCAGGCACAGCAGGCUUUGCAAGUUGCCCACUUAAUACAAUAAAAACAUGGUGCAGGAAAAAACUUUGAUGCACAUGUAGCAUCUUACCAGCCUUCAAUUAACCAAAGGUAAGGAGAAAAAUUAACAGGAGGGAAAAGUGAACGAAGUUCUCAUUUGUGUUUGCAUUUGGAGUUACGUUUUUUAAUAGGACAUGGCUAGGUUCUUGAAAGGAGUUUUCAAAAGCAGUCUCAUGGACGAGCACUAAUUCUGUAAAUGAAACAUUUUCUUGACCUACCUUUUUUUUUUUAAUUUUUUUAAUGUCAAAGUUGUCUCGGCUUUAUGCUUCUUUACUCAACGUUACUUCACCCUUUGUUGUUUUCCUGUAUUUCUCUCUAAUCGGAUUACCAUAAAAUAUUUAACGUGGGGAAAAAUUUGCUUAAAAUUAUAUUACCUUUAUAUGACUGUAUUUCAGAGUAUUGACUACUGCCCCAACAUAGUUUUUAAAAAGUACAUAAUUACACUUUUUAUUUUCUUAAUUCAGGAAAUAGUUUUGCAUCUUUAUCUUAAUUCAUGUUGCUUUCUGUUACUAGUGCAGAAACUUAGCGAAAGUAUUGUAAAGGUGCCUUGCAAAAUAGAGAUAGAGAGAUUUUAGCAUGCAUACCAGUAUAGGUUGUUAGGCAAUAGCUAAGCACACCCAAUUACCAAAUUAAUGCCAGUAUAGGUACUGCUGCUGGAAUGAAGAAAAUGGAUUAUUUUUUCCUAUUGUUAUGUAACUACCAUGUGGAUUAGAUCAUAAUUAUUGUGUAGAGUAGCACUUAAGAUUUGAUUGUAGAGAAAAUUUCUUUAAUCACUGUAUUUAUGUUAGCAUGUUAAUUAAUUGUGUAGACAUUUUGGGACUCCACCAUCUUCAUAUCACAUCUAUUGCUUUCUGCCCACAAUAAAGUUGACUUGACCUGUAUAAUGUAAUACUACAGGUUGUAUGAUUUCAAAACUGGAUUACUGGUUUCCCAUCAGUAAUUAAAAGGAAAAUCAGUUUAUUAUUUGAAUUAAUUUUUACACAUUAAAUACAAAAUUUAAUGUUUAUCCUAUGUGAUAUUGAAAAGUAUAUUGCAUUUUCUUUUUUACUGUUUCUGUAUAGUUUGCAAAAUAAAGACUCUUGUAACCAACUUUUUUGCCAACAUAGCCCAUCAUUUUGAAUUUUUGCAUAGUUUGAAAUUUUGAAACAGGAAAAAAUCAUGUUUCAGAUACAUUUCAUCUAUAAAAACAUGUAUUUAUUUAUAUUAAAAAAGCAUUUUUAUUAUUUUAUUUCCAGUAAAUAAUUUUGGAUUAAGGCAAAACCCAUAAUGAACUUCUAUUUUUCUGUAUUUUUUUCUGAAUUUUCUAUAGAUUUGUUAUAUACUUUUAUGACAUUGUCUUCAUUAUAUAGUAAAGAGAGAAGUACUUUUGUUUAAACUCCAUCAUAAUUUGUGGGGCAUAGGUGUAUUAUUUUCUUAAAUAAAAAUAGCUAGGGGUUUGCCAGUCCAAUACAAUGGGAUUUUAUCAGAGAACAGUUUCUUAUGGAUGAAAUUAACUGAUAUAUAAAUUGAUUUUAAAUAAAGAAGCUAAAGAUAAA